GCAUAGUGGCUGCAUGCUGCAGCCUGCACAGACCCCUGGAGCCAGGGCUGGCUUGGACCCAUAACAGAAUUUAUCCCCAGAAAGCCUUUCAUCUUUGCUGAGGUUCUGUUACAGCAUAAAAGUGAGAUCCACAAGACUCCUCUAAGAUGUCUUACAGAAAGGAGCUAGAAAAAUACCGAGACCUAGAUGAAGAUCAGAUCCUUGGAGCUCUGACAGAAGAGGAGCUCAGGAAGUUAGAGAAUGAAUUGGAAGAGCUGGAUCCUGAUAAUGCACUGCUGCCAGCAGGGCUCAGGCAGCGGGAUCAGACGCAAAAGCCACCAACUGGCCCAUUCAAAAGGGAGGAACUCAUGGCCCACCUAGAAAAACAGGCAAAGGACAUUAAAGACAGAGAAGACUUGGUUCCUUUCACGGGCGAAAAGAGAGGAAAAGCUUGGAUUCCCAAGCAGAAGCCAAUGGAUCCUGUUUUGGAAAGUGUGACUUUGGAGCCGGAACUGGAGGAAGCCCUUGCUAAUGCCUCUGAUGCAGAGCUCUGUGACAUCGCUGCCAUCCUUGGCAUGCACACCUUGAUGAGUAACCAGCAGUACUAUGAGGCACUGGGGAGCAGCACCAUCGUGAACAAAGAAGGACUCAACAGUGUGAUUAAGCCCACACAGUACAAACCAGUUCCUGAUGAGGAGCCAAACGCAACAGAUGUGGAGGAAACUCUGAAACGAAUACAAAACAAUGAUCCUGACCUUGAGGAAGUCAACCUUAACAAUAUUAUGAAUAUUCCCAUACCAACUCUAAAAGCUUUUGCGGAAGCACUGAAAAACAACACGUACGUGAAGAAGUUCAGCAUAGUUGGGACCCGGAGCAACGAUCCUGUUGCUUUUGCCCUGGCAGAAAUGUUGAAGGUCAAUAGCACACUGAAGAGCCUGAAUGUGGAGUCAAACUUCAUUUCUGGGUCUGGGAUCCUGGCUAUAGUUGAAGCACUUGAGGGUAACACGUCGCUUGUGGAGCUGCGCAUUGACAACCAGAGUCAGCCCUUGGGCAACAAAGUAGAAAUGGAAAUCGCAAACAUAUUGGAAAAGAACACCUCCCUACUGAAGUUUGGGUACCAUUUCACCCAGCAAGGUCCCCGGCUGCGUGCCUCCAAUGCCAUGAUGAAUAACAAUGACCUGGUGAGGAAGAGAAGACUAGCAGAGGUGAAUGGGCCUAUUUUUCCCAAGUGCCGAACUGGAGUGUAG